AUGAAUCCCGAUCCACCACUUGCCUACGAAAGUUCGAAAACUGUCUUAAAGCAUUUGAAUGCGAAUUCGAGAAUUUCUCUCUUCAUCAGCUGCCCUUCAAUCAGGUCAGCCGAGAAAGCGGUUCCCCUCAAGAUCAAGAAACUCGAGUUUGCUGAUCAAUACUUUAUAGUUGACGGCAUGAGGUAUAAAGUUGGAAUCUAUAAAAAGUAUCCAGAAGGCAUGUGCCCUCCAUCCGUUGAAGAAAAAAACGAAGAUGGAGGAUGGCGAAUUGAUUCGGAUCAUGAUGGAUUCGAUGAUUGGCCCUCUAGACUUACAUUGAGACCUGGAGACGUUGAUUUGAGGGAUGAUUUCGAGAGAUACCGAGAGUAUCCGGAGGUCGACAGAGAUCAAAUUAAGGAGAAAGAAAAAGAACUACCUGAACUCGAAAAACGGCUGGGUUACGUUGAGAGCCUCGGACCAAUCAAUCCGCACUUUGAUUUGUCAUAUAAGCAGAUAGAUAUCGAUAUCAUCUUUGAAUAUUUCAUGGAACGCCGAUUGACGACAGAUCACACUUCACACUUCAAAGUUAGAAAAGAGUUCGAGCAUGCGAGAGCUCGGGCUUAUAAAGAACUGAAGAACAAAGUGUUGGAUACAAAAGCAAUACUUCAGCAGUGGUAUGCACGAAGAGACGGUCUCCCGGUCCCAUUCGAGAGUUACAUUACGUUUACCAUCUCCAAUGAUAAGACUAAAGAAAAGAAAACAGUUGAGUUUGUCAAGUACGGAAAGAGUCUUUUCGAAGCUCUCAACUACUUAAUGCACAGGAUCUUCGAGAAUAGACGGUGCCCAGUUGCUGUCAAGUUGUUGAUUCCACAAUCAGACAUCCUUCGUCUGACACCAGGACUUCGGAUGCAAGUUGAGGGAAUGCACUUCGACGGAGAAGUAGAUCGUGCAUUCGCGGAGUUGACGCCAUAUAUUGAGGAGUCCAGUUACCCAUUGGAAAAGCUUAAAAUUCCUGUGUACGACACUGAGGUUUUUCAACACCCGAAGCUUAGAAGCGCCAAGCAGCUAGUGGUUGUCGGAACCGAUGGUGAUAUCGAGUGGCUUCCCUAUUUUCUGAAACUGGAAAACCAUAAAGUUCAUUUAAUCAAUGAAUGUGACGAGGAAAUUUUAUCUGUGGCGGAUUACAUGAGACUUAUCAAACGAUGGAUAUCUAGUGAGAAGGAAGAAGGAGCUAGUUUCAGUUUCUCACUUGACGCGUAUGAUGAUCUUGAAAUGGAUGAUUAUCAUAAGAAAGUAUUCAUGAGAAUUAAGAAAACAUUCAAGAAGUCUGUCUCGGGGCGCAGAUAUGCAAAGAUUCCGACCGACAACGACACAAUUCUGAAAGUGUCAGUGGAACCGAGUGGCGAGGAAGAGUAUCCAUGGAACAUCGUACUGCAGAUCCUUCCAUCGGAAGGUAUGUGA